ACUGACUGCAAUCCUUUUUAGCAGCCCAUUGUCAGUGUUUUCCUUCCACAAUUUUCCAUUAAAAAAAAAACAGAGUGCGUUUGACGUUUGGAGCAGAAGGAGAUACACUCGAUUUUUAUUGCUGGUGAAACUAGCGAACAAGUACGCCGUGAAGCACAUGACAGGAUAUCCGAAAUAUGUGCCCAGACUUCCAGAGCUCUUGGUGUGCCGAAAUUAGUGGUGUGUUAAAAUUGUAGACCGUUUCUGUCCGUUGGAAAUCCGCGAAAGUCCUAGGUCCACGAAACAAUAGUUGCGUGUGCGUAUGACUAGUGUGUAUGUGUGUGUGUGUGUGAGCUGUGUAAACAAGAAGAGUUUUUCAUCAUUGCUUUUCCACGGUAGCCAGUAGUGCCAUUAGCGCCCGCCCUGCACAUUCACCAUUGAUACGACGUCGCGUGGUGUUGCGCCCAGUGAUAACACAAUGGAGAAAGUGAAGAGCGCGGAACGGGCAGCCAUCAUCAAAAGCCGCCCCAGCCCUAACGAGCAGAAAGCGGUCGCUGCCAACGCCGGGGGCCCAGGAUUGAACAGUGACGGAGCGCCUGCCCUUCGAUUGCGACCAUCGCAGCUAUAUCAUACGCAGCACGGUCAGCAAACGGUGGCCACGGGGCCACUUGCGUCCGAUCGGAAAGUUCAUACCAACACCACCACCACCACCGCCGUAACACAGCAGCAGCAGCAGCAAGAUCGUGUGGAACACGAAAAAGUGAACGACAAAGGAGGAAGGAACGACCGCAGUGAAGAGCGAAUGGUGGAGGAGCAGGAGGAUGAAGAGCAGGAAAAUCAAUACUUUUACGAGGAUGAAAUAUUUUGUCUCACCCCCAAAAACGGUCACGUCAAGUUCGGCCUGGUGCUCGACAACUACGACGAGAGCGACGAAGAAACGACGGAGGAGGACGCACCGAAGCGGGGCGAAAUCCGUGCCUGCUGGCAUCCGGACGGCCGUGAGGAAAUCAUCAAACAGCGCAAGGUGGGGCUAGCGGACAGGACGCUGAUGCCGGGCGAUGUGGUGCGCCGAAUGGUACCGGGCCGGGACACGCAGCGCGGUUACUGUCACGAGAUAACGGUGCGGGCCGAUUUACGCAUCAUCGGCACCAAGUACGUCGUGCGUAAUGUGGCCUCCGACCGGCUUAGGCCGUUGCUCUCCAUGCCCAAGGACAGUGCCGUGUGUCUAGAUUCGUGGGUAGGCAGCACAAAACACAUCAACGAGAAGCUGGUCCUUAAAUCGUCCUGCGGCUCACUGGUGGAGGUGUGUCCCGCCAGCGACCUGGGCAUGUUUCGCGAUCACAAUAUGCGCUUCCGGCGCGGAUUCUUUGCCGAACCACUGUUCUACCCCGGCCAGCAGCUGGUGGGGCUGAUGAGCGAGCUGGCCAACGGCAAGUGGCUCACGACGUCGAACGAGAUGAAGCUGUCGCGGAAGAACUACAUGCUCGAGCGCAAGUUCACCGUCCAGUCGGUGGAACUUCAGGGCGUUUCCGUGCACUGGCAGUGCAAGGUGUCGAGCGAAGACCUGGAGCAGAAGCUGUCCGAGGGCGGGAGUUUGCAGCAACCGCCCGAGUACAUUACCGGCGAGGAUUUGAAGCGCCUGAAGAAGCUGAACCUGUUCGAAUCGUGCAUGCUGCAGAUAAACGAUAAAAACUAUCUCAAGCUCGAAGACACGGACAUUAUCGGCUCGAAGCAGGCGUGGCGCAAAGACAUGACCAGCAAGUACCGCGAGCAGCUGCUGCAAGAGAGCAAAGCGAAAGCGAAACCAACCAGCAAAGCGAUCAGCGGCGGAGAGGAGGAAAAGAAAGGCGGAAAAGGAACGAAAUCGGGCAGCGCGGGUUCGAAGCUGUCGGCGCGCAGUGCCGGGAAAGAGAACGGGGCUCAGAAAGUGUCCACAAAGCUCACGAGCGUGGACAGUGAUGAAGGAUGGGAAACGGACGAGGAGGGUGAGCAUUCGGACGGGGCAGCUUCGUCGUGCUCGGCCACGUCGAAAACUAGCCCGCGCAAGUCGCCCCUGCUUGCGAAGCGUGUGCGCAAGCUGAAACGCCGUCAGUUGGCGGCCGAGUUUGCGGGCGAUCGAUUUCCAGCGGCCGGCGAUGAGGUGGUCACCGAAGCGCUGGUCGUGUACAGCACUGCCACCGUCGUUUGGCAGGAUGGUACGAUCGAGCCAAACAUUCCGUCUACCGAGCUGCGGCCGAUCCACCAUCUGGACGAUCAUGAGUUUUUCCCGGGCGACUUCGUGCUGGCGGGCAAUACGGAUCCGGCCAAAAAUCCUUCCUUCCGGGACUACGGUGUCAUACAGGACGUUGACCAUCACGGGCGAACGGCGCGCGUCAAGUGGUUCAGCACGUACACGUGCACGUCCGAGCCGCAGCCGUCGUACAACGGGGAGUCCGAGGUCAGCGUGUACGAUCUGAAGGACCAUCCGGACUUCCAGUACCGCCCCGGCACGAUCGUGAUACGCGUGGCGAACUUUACCGGCGAGGAAGGCGCUUCCACCGCCGGCCAGGUGUUGGACAACUAUCCCAACGGUAUGGUGAAGGUGUGGUGGGUGGACGGGUUCGUUAGCAUGUGCUGGCCGCAGGACAUCUUCGAGGUGGGGCAGUACGAUUCGGAGAACAACUUCUGGGGCAGCGUGGCCGACUCGGACGCGGAGUCGUGGGAAACGGAGGCCGAAUCGUGCCACUUCGGCGACGCGGAACCGGGCUCCCCGUCGUCGGUGGUGCUGAAGCCGCAGCUAACGGCCAACCUGGAGCGGGCUCGGGUGGCCAUUGCGCGGCUCGAGGAACUGUUCAACAUUAAUCCGCACCUGCAGAACCAGGAAAUCAUGAAGAAGCUGAUGCUGGUGUACAAAAAGUGUCGCUUUCUGGAUCGGCUGAUGAACACGAGCUUCUUCCACGAGCGCCACUUUAUGGGGCUGGUGGAGCGGGUGCGCAAGUCGAACAAUCAAACCACGGUCGAGCGCAUGCAGGACCAGAAGAACCGGCUGUUCAACCAGAGUGCGUCCGGGUCGAAAACGUCCACACCGACGGCCGGUACGCCGGAGUCGGUAAGGCCAUCGCUGCAGCAGCGCGCCCUCUUCAGCCCGAGCACACCGACCAGCCCGGCCGUGAGCAGUCCGGCCGGGCGGCUGGAGGAAAACGACAAUGCGAACUAUAACGUCGGCAUCGCGAACAUGGAGCUGGACUACGUGAACAACAUGUGCAUGAAGAUGAACGAGAAUGCGGACGAUGUCGAUCUGAACAACACCAGCUCCGUGUUUGAUCUGGCCACCGGUGGUGGUGGUGGUGUGGGAGCGGAGUCAGAUAAACCAGACCAGGAGGAUCGAGAAACGGGCGAGCAGCUGGCGCGGGAGUGCGUUUCCGCUCGGCUGUGUUCGCUCAUCAAGGGCCAGCUGAUAAAGGUGCUGGAAGAGAUCAACGAACGCUACGGGCUGGAGGAUCCACUGAAGGAGAUCAUUUCGGUGGUGGAGCUGAAAACGCCAACCCUCGCCUCAAUGCCACCGUCAUGGACGCCCUCGCCGGUCGGAACGCCGGACAUUCCCGGUAGUGAGCCGGAUCCGCUGGCGUCCAGUUCGCCAGCCGUUGCAGGCGCGGACGCGGUACCAUCCUCACCGUCCAGCGUCCCGACCGAAAGCUUCCAGAUAAUCGAAUCGGCACCAACGUCCCACAAGUUCCAUCUCACCAUUUUCCAAACUAGCAACGCACAAAGCUUCUACAAAGCGGUACAGCGCGAACACUGGCUCCUGCGGACGGCUCUACCGCCGGGCGUGUGGGUGCGAACGUUCGAGGACCGGCUGGACUUGCUGAGCGUAAUGAUCGAAGGUCCGAAGAAAACCCCGUACGAGGAUGGGCUGUUUCUGUUCGACAUUCAGCUUGGGCUGGACUAUCCACGUGCCCCGCCGCUGUGUCAUUACAUCAGCUACUGCACCGAUCGGUUGAAUCCCAAUCUGUACGAAGAUGGCAAGGUGUGUGUGUCACUGCUCGGUACCUGGUCCGGCAGAGGGACGGAGGUUUGGGGCCCGACCAGCACGCUGUUGCAGGUGAUCGUUUCCAUACAGGGAUUGAUCCUUGUGGCGGAACCGUACUUCAAUGAAGCGGGCUAUGAAAAGCUACGGGGCUCACAGCAGGGCAAGGAAAAUUCGCGCAUGUACAACGAAAUGGUGCUACUAAAGCUGGUCCAGUCGAUGACGAAACUGAUGUCCAAUCCGCCGGAAGUAUUUCGCGAACAGAUUUUAACCCACUUCCACGCGUGCGGCCAGCGCAUGUACAGCCGGUUGAAAACGUGGAUGGAACUGUCCAAUGAUUGUAACCGGCAACCGAGCGCGUCCGAUCAAACCGGAACAGCAGCGAUCGACGUCAGCGCUGCUGCUACAUCCAUCCUUGCUUCCAGCGAACAAGAAGCUUCUAGUGCUACGGUUGACUACUCCUCGGAAGCCAGCGCUCGUGCGAUUCCGCAGCCGGAAUUUCCGCUCAUUCCCGCCAGCCGUGGUUUUUGCCUAACUCUCACCGGUCUGCUGGAAGGACUGCAAAAGCAGCUGCAGCAAUUAUCACCCCUACCGCAGCCAGCGCUUGCGGACGGCAAAUAACAAGCAGGAUCGGGAAAACGCGUGCACUGUUGCUUUUGGCGCUACGCGUCGGUAGGUUGUGUUGUUGCGGUGCCUCUAGUUUAUGCUGCUGCCAAGGCAGCAUAGCAAGCUAAAUUAUUCUACAUAACAAAAGAAAGGCACUACGAGAGGAGGAGGAGGGAUAGCUUUACUAGUUACAUCGUUGAGAGAAAAACAGGCAGUCGAUCGAACAAGAGGAAACGGCGCUGUUGUGAAGGUCGUUCCAAUGGGUCUACGCUUUCGGCAGUUUAUUAAAGGCACAACUAAUUUGCCCCAUUUGGUAUUCAUUAGCAUGGGUGAGAUUGUUAUUUUCACAAAAUUUUGUUUGCUUGCUUCCGGCACAUGUUUUAUUGCAUCUCAUCACACCGACUGAGCAAUAGAGUAGAACUGUUAUUUAUCAAUAACAUUGCUUAUUGGCAGGUUUGCUGCGAGCGACAUGCUAAAUGCAUCCAUGGUAAAGCCACUUCUGGUUUCUUGAUUACACGGUGUGUCUUUGUCGAGUUCUCAAAUUAGUAACAUUUAGUUCCUGUAUCGCACAUAUCAUCGCUUCCCAUUUGUUAGCCUUUAUAGUUAAUAUUAAUCGAAUCAUGAGCUUAUUUAUACCAGUCAUCUAGCUGUUAAAUACUUUUAAAUAUGUGAGCUAUUGCUAUUUGAUCGUUUUUUUUUUCGUAACUUGUAUUUUAAGAAUUACAUUUUGUUCCAGUGCUUUGCUCAGAUCAUGCUCCCGAACGUGCUCUGCCAAACGUGUUCCGUGCGUUUCUGUGCAUCGAGUUUUUUUUCGAUUCUUUUUGUUCCAGCCUAUGGAAGAAAACUGAACAGAAAAGAAAGCAAAACAUUCCAUACUAUAUAGCGUGCUGCAACAGAUAGCUAUUGCAAAAUAGAUGGCCUGUUUUGGAAGAAAGCACUAUAGAUGGUUGCUAAACAACAACAACAAACAACAAAGAGCAAGAAAAAGAUAAUAUGAAACACGAAAUCUCAUAAAAUGCUGUGCCUAUAAAUAAAUCAAUUACACAAUCCCUACAACAAAAAAACGUAUGAAACAAAUACGAAAGGAUGCUCAGACACACUAAAACACAUUACCAAAAAAGUCACGGAUAGAUGCCCGUUGAUAGCCGUUUUAAUCAUAGUGAGGAGCGAUACGAAAGUCACCAAAACGAAAACGAAAUCAAAAACCAAACUCUCCUAAACCUUACAAUCGUGUGUAGCGAAGAACAAUAACCUAGGUCCUAUUAAAACUAUUGCAAUGCACAACUCGCAAGCGAA